CUUCAAAUAUGACAUCUGCGUCAAAUCAAGUGGGGAUGUGUAACGAUGAAGGAGAAUACCGACUAGCCAAAAAUGUUGUUUGUCUUAAGAUUUAUGCAGAGAAAUCGAGCAAAAAAGCAAUUGAACCGUGGCCACACUUGAUUGCAGCAUCUGACAUACACUAUCAACAUUCCUUUUAA